GGUGUGUUGCAGUGCUGCUAGUGUGUAACUGUUGAAAUGUUAUAUCGAGGAUAAUGCCGUUUGUUUAAUUAAUUAAUUCAUCGAAAUUAAAAACUCUCAAGAGACGUCAGCCAGAAGGUAGUGUAUUUUAUUUAUCGGUGAACUUGAAACUAAAAGUGCCCCUUACAUGUUGUUUCAUAUGACAGCGGCCACAAAGUUACCAACGUGACAAAUACUUUAAGAUUUUCAUAAUUUAAAAAAAUAAUGUCAAGCUCAGUGAUACUUAAAGGAGAACUGCCAUCUUAGCAUUGUCUUUUUAUAUAGUGAUCAUUUACUCAAGUUUUGAAAAGAAAUUGACUCCUUGUUAAAUUAAGUAAAUGUAUAAAAAAAUAAAAAUAAAGGAGACAAACUCACUACCUUAAGGACAUGACAAGUUCUUUAUGCCAUAUACAGACACCUUGGGUCAGACAGUGUUAGUAUGUGACAGUUAGUUGGUCCUAUUCAGUCACUGCAUUGUGCAGGAAGCGAAGCAGGGGAGGCCACAGAAACAGUACAGAGGUUUUCAAACACUGUCUGACCCAGGGUGUAUAUGUAUAUGGGUGAAGGAUCCUGUCAUAUGCUAAAGGUACGAAAAGAACACUCCAAGUACCACAACUACUACACUAGUUGUAUUAUGCUGGUUUGCUUCUUUGUGACACUUAGCGACUUUCUCUGAAAUGGCAACUGCUAUACAAGGUUUGCGUUAGUUUUUGGUCAUCAUCAAUUAGGCACACUUAGGGAAGGGUAUUAAAAAGCCAUACUUCCUUCUCCAUGGUGCCUGGUCAUGGUUAGCCAGCCAGGAGUGUCUCUGCAGGCAUCCUUUAUACCAGGCUUCCCCAAACUCUGGCCCUCCAGAUGUUGAACUACAACUCCCAUGAUUCUCAGCCUAUCUAUUUUAUUCAUAGAAUCAUGGGAGUUGUAGUUCAGCAACAUCUGGAGGGCCGGAGUUUGGGGAAGCCUGCUUUAUAUUUUAGCUAGCAUUAUUUUUGAUCCUGCUGUACUACUGACCUUCAUGUUACUUGAUUAUUUUCUAUCUGCUGCCCGUAUAUACUAUACCAUAUUCUGACAUUGGUUUGUACCUUUGACAUUUCAUUUUCACUGACAUAAUGAGUGUGCACAAUACUGUGGCUCCACUAGUAAUACAGCUGCAAUGUCAGAAUCUUGGGAUGGUUGGCAACAAAGUACCCCCCCUUCCAUCAUUGUCCUGAUUUUUGCAGAGGUUUUGGGACUUUUUGGAACUUGUUUGGUGCAUUUCUCAAGCAGUGGAAAGGUAGGGAGCUGAGCUUCGUCGUUUGUAUGCCUUUUACUGUUUUUUUAUGAAUUUCUCGCAAUACAAAACAUCCCGUAGAAAUUCGUAGACCGAGGUACCACUGUAGUUUGACUUUUUAUCUGGGGUUUGCUGGGCACUGUUUCCUGAUAUGUCGGGAGCUGUAGGCUCUCUCUCUGAGCUGAGUCAGGGGUCUAGGGGUUUAUCACAGGAGAGAACAGAAGCUUCUUGCAGCAUAUUUUGGCUCACAGCACUGGAAUGAGAGGCAGGGAGCAACACACUGGAGACCGCAGGUAAGAAAUUAAAUUAUCAGUAGUUAUGACUACUUAUGUGGCAAUGGCGCCAGGGCACGUCUGGCAACAUAACCACUACAGUGGUAACAGUGCUUGGAGUGUUCUGUAAAAGCACCAUGAUCACUUCAGUGAUUUGAAGUUGCUAUGGUGUCUGUAGUUUAUAUGUGCAGACACCUUUUAACUCCUUUGUGCUAGAGGUGUAAUUCCACCUCCAACAGAGUCUUUUCCAUUUCAGAACAGGAGUGGCUUGUUAUCUGCAUGUUGGAUGGCAGUCGUCAGCACGCACAGCAUGUUGGCAACAGGUGUCCAAUGGCAGCACUACCCUCCCCUCAUCCCAUUCUCUCUAACAGUCCUCCCACUUCACCGAGGGGGAGUAACGUCAUAAGGGGAAAUCGGGCUGUUGGUAGAAUCCGGAACUAGAAUGCAGGUACGUUUUAGCAUUAGCCAUUUAUUUAUUAAAAGAACAUGUUAGGAAUACAAAUGUGUAUGCCUAGCACUAUAGUGCUCUGGUAGCUGUUUAGGUCUCUGCCCCCACCUGUAGGGAUAAAAGGACUUUUACUUACCUUUUCUCCCUCGCAGAGCCCGUCUCUGCUUUGCCAACCCGCCUCCUUGGAUGUGAUCAUCAUUAUCGAUUCUCUUUCCCAUAGGAGAGCAUUGGGAGGCUAGUGUAUAUGCGAGGUAAAAUGCCACUGUGUUUCACUUGGCUAUUUCAGAGGAAGUGCUUCUAGUGACAGCUAGAGGCAUUUAAACCCUGCAAGGAAAAUGUUAAUUUACCAAGUCGUUCCUGCAGAAUGGCAAUUUUUUUCACUUGCAGUGUGAAAACCGUACGUAAAGGGCUCCCAGACCACUUCAUUGAUAUAAAGUGGUCUGGGUGUGUAAAGUGCCCAGAUAUAGAGUUACUCACCAAAAACAGUGUUUUUAGAAUACUGUUUUUUGGUUGGAGUAACACUUUAUGGAGAAAGAGCCUGUAGUGGCUGUCAGUCUACUCUGGGUCAAAGAACAAAAUGUUGAGAGACAUUCUAUUAGUGUCCAAUAUUGACUGCUUUUUAUUUACUACUUUGUACCACUAUUGCAACUAAUCGUGUGAUCAUUAUGGCCCUAGCAUGACGUUCCCGUCUGUGAUACAGGUCAGACUGAAUAAUGGACAGCUGUGUGAGCAUAUUCAAUUUGCCCAUAACAAAUAUGGCGGCCCCGGAGCUUGUGUGCGCUCAUGACGUAGCUGUGCUGGUCAGGCGGGUGUGACGCAGGAGCGUGUUGUUGAUGAUGAUGAUGGUUUCUGUAACAGGCGGCUGAUGGUUGUCUGGAAGGGAGCUAGUAGGUGGGGACAGCAGAGCGGACGGUGACAUGAAGGUAAGUGGCUAUUGCUGUACAGCCAGGGGGAGCCCGGUGGGCAGGGCAGCGUUAACCCUCUGGCACAGCUUUAUUAGCAGGUUUAGUAAAUGACAAUCAUGACACUGGGUGUUAUUAUGACACGUGUAUUUAUACUCCUGUGAAGUGUCACGCUGUGUCUGAGGCCUCAGCCUACUGUGUGCCUGUGAUAUGUUGCCCUCCCUGACCUGCUGGAGUGAUGGUCACAGAGCCACAUGGGUGAUGAGAAGGGAACAGGCUAUUCACAGAGCAAAACUGUUGAGUUAGUGGUUCAUAUGAACAUGAUAAUUUCAGCCAUUGCAAGUGCCAUACAUAGCCAACAUCCAUUCAGUCUCUGGUUAACUUUGCUUGUACUGGCAGAGACCAUAUGGAGAGUUUUGGCAGCUGUCUAAGGGAAGCCACAAGGGACACUACUGACCCACACUGAACUAGUAAUUUCAGCAUAGCUGAUAGAAAGAAAAGGGCUAUAAAAAUAUAAUUUAUUCUACAUCACUAAUAUGAACCUAUGUGCUUGUCUGGGACAUGUCAUUUGUUGUUAAUUUAACAUGUCCAUCUGUUACUGUCAUUUCUUUAGUGUUUUGCCAUCUCUGUUGACACUUCCCUGUUCAUUAUGUGUAUGUAUAGAAAUCUAUAUUAUGAUGUAAGAAAAUCAUUUUAUAUUGAGGGGUCCUGGGGACAAUGACUUAUGGAUGCCUUCAGAUUCUUAAGGCUACAUUAUUGUGUGAAAUGUUUAUAUUGCUUAAUAUCAUAUGUGGUCUUUGAAAUACAUUUCAAUACACUUAGAAGCAAGAGCAGAGAGACCCCAUGGAAUAUGAAAUUGGGUAGUGCGUCUCUUUGAGCUAAUGUGAAAUAUUAGGAACACAGCUGAUUUAAUAUUUAUUUUAAGACUCAUAUAAGAAUUACCUAAGAUUGAAUAAAGACCCUAAAGGUCGUUCUUGCAAAUUUUCUGUAUCUGUAUUUUUUUUUUUUUUUGAGAAUAUUAUGACAAUUCCAUUCUAAUAGUGAGUAUUUAGAGUUAAUGGGGAAAAAAAUAGAUAUAUAUUUUUAAUAUGUUUUAUGGAUGUAUCCAUUUUUAUUUUUCCUUUCUUUUUUUGUUUUCUUAACACAUGACCUGUCAUGAUUCCCUUUUAUUCCAUAAGUUUGGUCCUUAAGGGGGUUAAAGAUGUACUUUUCUUUAUUAAAAAUAAUAAAAAACAUUAACAUUAAAAACAUAAAUGGGGUAGCCUGGAGUAAUGCAGCUGCCCCCUUUAUUACUUUGAUAACUAAAGUCCCUUUUCUCCUUCUGAGGCUGAAUUAUAAUUUCCUGUAUAAAUGUAGACACUGAGCCAGCUUGUUGCUGUCUCUAAGGUGAGAGUUUUUAUUUGAUUGGAUGACACAGGAGUGCUUUACCUCGAGGUAGCUAGGCCUGGUAACUCACAGUAUAUGUCUGCUAAAGCACAAUAGUUUGUUGUGUUUGGAUAUCUCAGAUUACUUUGCUGGGUGACAUAUUUGUGAGCUACUAAAUUUGCAAAUAUGAUCAUCCUCUUGUAAUAUCAGCCUUACAUACAUUUACACACUGUACCAUCUAAAGUUUUUUUGUAUACCUGCAUGAACCCUUAUUUUUCAUAGUUAUGCAUUUCUUGAAUGUUACAAGGCGUAUACAAAUCAAAUGGAAAAAAAAAAAAUCUUUUUGCUAAAUUAGUUCCAUUAAUCCACAAUUAAUUCACAGUGGCAUGCUCUCCUCCAGGUUUCUGUAAGAAUAUUUCGGACAGUUUUUCUAAAUGCAUGGAUUUGCAGUUGUCAAAACUGUGAAUAAGUGUUUGCAGCGGUAACCUGCAUCUUCUUCACAACAACGUUUGAAAAUAAAUAUACAGAGUUCAGAAAAAGAAUUUCAUCCUAGUGCAUUAAUCCUGAAGUAAAAGGAGGUGUGUAUGAAGGAGAACAUAUUGAUUCUGGAAUAUCUUGGCUAUUUUGGAAAAUGAGUAGUCAUUUAUGGUUGGGUGAAGGACUGAACUUCAGAGUUGAAAGAGCUUUACACAGUAAUUUUUUGGUUUCUAUAAAAGGAGCAGUGCUAUCUAGUAAUGAAUGCAUCUAGAGAGACGUACCAUAAUUGUCUCCACCUAGUAUAGCAAUGCCUUCUUAAAAAUCAUGUACAUUUAUUAUAUAUAUAAUAUAUAUAUAUAUUUUUUUUUUUUAAGUAUUUCACCACUAGUUGUUUGACUAGAUAUGUUAACCAUUGUGACCAAAGUGUUGGCAAUUUCAUUCUUUAGAAAAAUGUAACUACCAUUCAGUAAGGGAAUGUACUAAUGUAAUUGGCACAUUUUGGACCCAAUUUUCUAGAUAAAGAACCUGUGAAGUUGUUAAAGUAGUCCGUAGGAAAGAAAUGUUUAUGGAAUAAGGGGACAGCAUCAGACCUAAAGUGUGUAUUUUAGAUAUCCACUUGGAGCCUUGUGAAAUUCGGCUUAUGCUGUGGGCUAUUUGGGAGGUGAGUUAAGGCAGUUCACAUUGUAGGAAUAUAUGUUAAGGUAGGCCAUAGGUAAGUUGAUGAUGGACUAUCGUGGGAUUCCACAGAAAAUGUUUCAAACAGUGUUGUUUGAAGCUCCAGGUCAGACACUACAAAAUUUUCCCCAAUACAACAAAAACCUGGGCAAGUAGAAACCCUCUGUAGGCUCAGCUAGACACACAGGACCAUGCUUAAAGCUAUUUCCCCCCCUUCGACCUCACAGUUCUGCAGCCCUACACCGCCAGGGCCUACACAGCAUGUGGAGUCUGACAUCGUAACGCGGAGCAAUGGCUGAUUCCUCAGUAGCUGAGAACCUGGAGGCCCUAAAAACAGCAGUGGCUAAGCUCCCGACGAAGGCAGAUAUGGAGUUGCAGACCACCUUGUUAAAUGUACGUUUCACGGUGAGACUGAAGACCAUUCAAGGUGAUCUACAGCAAGUAGAGGGUCGAGUGUUGGCGCUCGAAGACCAACAGAGAUAGAUGCAAGCUUGACUCUCCAAUGUGGAUUUGCAACUGACGGAGUCCGUCCUGUUACACUGCCGAAUAGACGUCCUGGAGAACGUGACAGCAUAAUAAUAUUAGGGUUAGAGGCCUGGCAGAGAAAAGGUUCUCCUGCAAAUGUAACAGUCAACCCUGCAGUGCCUUUUAAAUAAAGUGCUUGGCACACCACUUGACACAGCUAUUAAGCUGGGGAGGUCUUACAAGGCGAUCAGGCAACGGCCUGCUGCCAAAGAACCGCCGAUGGACGUAAUAUGUUGUCUCUUCGGACAUACUAUUAGGCAGGACAUUAUGCACAAAGCGUGACAUUUUGCAAGUAAUAUUCUUUGAAGAAUUACCCUCUCCCAGGUUUUUUCAUAGGACACCCUGCAGCAAAGAAGGGCGCUCAGACCGCCCACUAAAUGCCUCAGUUAUGCUGGCCUGUCUUACAGUUGGGGCUUCCCAUUUUCUCUGAUGGCAAGCGAAGAGAAAAACACAUUCUUUCGGGACCAGAAGAUCUAGAAGCCUUCUACAGUGCUCUGCGGUUACCACAGAUGGACUUCAGACUCGUCAGCGUUCUAUCCGAGGUGCCAAUAGCAGCCUCCCCAAGAUGAUCACCCUUCCCAGAUUUCACGGGUGACUGAAAAAUGCGAGGUUGUUUUACCAUCUCAUAGUCACUGUUUUAUCUACCUAAACUUCUAUGUAGGUUAACUGGGGACUGGAUUGAUCUGAAGAGUGGAGAGUUGGGGUCAUAAGAUGAGAGUACAUUGUCAUGUUUUGUUAAUUAAAAGAAAGGGGUGAGGGGAGGAAAAAAGUGUAAAGGGGAAAUGAAAGGUAAAAAAAAAAAAAAGGACAAGUUUACAUGUGUACCUUUUUUUCUUUUCUGUUCAAAUUAGAUUUUACAGAGAGAUUCAAAAUACCUUAGGGGAAUUCCACAAAUUGUACUGGAAAUUGAGAAAAUCCAUGUAAAGGGAAUGAUCUUUACCAGUCACCUCUGUAAGGGAGACUUUACUCACAGUGGGGGUCUUGAGUCCCGUGCCAUUCUAUAUAGUUCAACAAAAGUUCUAGGUUCAGUGGCCUUUUUCUUGUGGAUUUCUUUUUUUUUUUGUCCUUGCACAAAUAGGGGGAUAGUUCUUCUCAGGCGAUAAUUCUCCAGGACUUGCCACGAGAACACGACUGUAUUUUGAUUAUUGGCAAGUCUCUCAAGUAUUCUUGUGUUUUGUUUUGUUUGUUUUUUAACUUCACCAGUAUAUUUGAUUUGUGUUAUUGGGCGCCCCACCACCGGGAGGUCGAAAACUUCCUACAGAGUUCAUUUCAUUGAGUUGUGCUGACUAACAUUGUUGUCCUUACGUGUUGGACGUGGCCAAAACAAAGUUUGCCCUAUAGUUUGACUUAACAUGCAAAAAUGCUGAUUAUGUUGAUGUACAUUUAUUAUUGUCAGUUAGUUACAUAAGGAUAACAAGAUUUUAUGUUCUACUUCUCCAUCAUUCGUCUGGUGCCUUUGGGCUGUUACUUCCUCUCAGAAGAUAGCGCUUUAUACCUGCAGACAUGUUAGAAGCCUCUUUUGAAAGGACCCUGCUCUCCAUUUUGUUUUGUGGUGGGUGUGGGGUGUCCACCCUUUCCAGCAUGGUCUAUUUGUGAAGGGAGAGACUUUAAGAGAGUGUUUUUGAAUUUUUAUUUUUUAUUUUUAAUUGUGACUAGCACUGUUAGGCAUUGUUUUCUGUUUUUGUUUUCCAUUUACCCUAUAUGCUCUGGUUUAAGCUCCUAAGGUUAAAGCUAGGGAAAAUGGCUAACCAGACCUGAGGUGUGUGGGCCACUUCUUUAAUGUUCAUUAUGAAUACUAUGCAGAAGAGAGUAACUAGCCCAUAAUACGCAUGUGGUACUCCUUCAGGAGACUCACCUGGUGGAAGAUAGAGGACAAGGUUUAAGAAACAGGGAAUUCCCUUUUAGCUAUCUCUUCUCUUCUACCUCUGGUAGAAUUAGGGGGGUAGCUAUUUUACACAUGACUUCCACAAGAGACCUAGUCUCAAAUAUGAUGUAUUGACUAUGAAGAAGCUAGAUGGUGGCAACAGGAUUCCUUACUUGAAGUACUAUUACAGUGUGGCUCAUUUACCCAGAAUAGUGGAGUAGUGAGAGAGCCUGAUGAUCUAUGGAUUGCAGCAGAGCAGUUGUGUGUUCUGAUCCCGCUAGGUGCAUUACCAUUUUACCAAAUUUCUUUACAUUUCUCGAUGUUCCCACUGUCGCAUAACUCUGCAUUUCCCUAGGCAUUCUCAUGGGUAGUCAGAGCUUCACAUCCCUCUUCCUCUCCAAAGUCAUUAAAAGAUGGCACCUAAGGCAGAUCCAAUAAACCAACCCUAAGACAUACUCUUGGUAGAUCCUAAGUAGUGUUAUUGGGCAGUGGAAGGGGGCCUUGACAGAAGGGAAAGCUAAUGUGCCAAAUGAAAGGGAACAUAUGUGAGUGAAUGGUAUGUUCACAUGACUUGGCCAGAACCAAUUGUUUGGUACCUCAGACCAAGUUAACAAUUGUGAUGGUUUCUUUAUUUCUUAUGUCUGUAGUGAAGAAUUAAAGCUCAUUGUGUUUUUCUUUGUUUUUUUAUUUUUUAUUACAGGCGGGGGCCAGCUCCAUGUGGGCUUCUUGCUGUGGCUUGCUGAAUGAAGUCAUGGGUACCGGAGCCGUGCGAGGACAGCAAGCUGCGUUUCGAGGAGGAACUGGCCCUUUUAGAUUCGCACAGAGCACUGAUUUUCCACCAUAUCCUUCCACAUCUUCCACCAACAUAGUGUGUAAAGCUUGUGGGCUGGCAUUCUCUGUCUUUAGGAAAAAGGUGAGGUAAAACAAAAAGUACAAAGCUUGAUUAGGCGACUUGAAUCUGUAGAUCUUAGAAAGCCAGACUUGUUUUAAUCUGUUUUAGUAGAAAUCUAUGAUUUAGCUAACACACAGGAAAAGUGAAAUCCUUUCAAAUAUUUUUUUUCCUCCUAAGCAGCAGCAUUCUGUCAGCACACCAGCCUUAAUAUAUGUCACAUUAUACCCACCUUUCUUUCUGCCCUGUCAAUUUCUUGUGACUGUCAGAGAGGGUACUUUGGCACUACUUGUGGGUGGACAAGAGAACUUCAGAGGACAAGGUUUCUUUCAGUAUCUUACGGGUAUGUGCUUGUAACUGGUUAAUUCUUAUCUUUCAGCAUAUAUGUAGUGAUUGCAAGAAAGAUUUCUGCUCCGUGUGUUCUACACUGCAAGAGAAUCACAGGAGAUGCUGCACCUGCCAUUUAUUACAGGAAACAGCAUUUCAAAGGGCUCGUCUAAUGAAGCUGAAAGUUAAGGAUCUGCGGCAGUAUCUGACUCUAAGAAACAUCCCAACAGACAGCUGCCGGGAAAAAGAAGACUUGGUGGAGUUGGUGCUUUGCCAUCAUGGUGCCACAGGCACCGAAGAAGAGAAUAUUGGCACAGACAACCCCACAAGACCACAGACUUCUGGCUUCUUCACACAUCCGUUUUUCUCUGCACCUUCUGUGCCUUCACCAUCGGUGUCCUCUUUCCAGGGAGAAAUGUCUGAGAGCAUAGGAAGUGCAACUCCAUCCCAGGUACUAAACAUCCCCAGAGAAUGGUGGUUCUGCAUCCAGUGCCUCAAUCUGACAUACGUAUGUACCCUGGGUACUUCAAUUGUGGCUAAGAGUACAAGGUUAACUUUGCAGGUUAAUAGAGUUUGAAAAUAAAUGUUAUUAAGGUCGUUUACUGCAAGAAUACAUUAGAUGAACUUUUGGAGAAAAACUGAUAUAUUAUAUUCGAAAAGAGCAGGGAAAACUGCUUAAUGGAAGCCCUAGCUACCUUUAGCAUGCUUCCUUGUCCUCACCAGUGCAGGUUUUUCUAAAUGUAAAAUGUCCUUUGUAUAUUGGCCCCAUACCAAUUUAUGCUGCUGUGGUACAAGAAGGAUUCCUGAUCUUGUCUCCGUUAUGUCUUUAUUGGAUUAUACACAUUAUAUGUCACAAGCAUAACUUUAAGUGACAACAUCUUAUGUUAUAAAUAUUUCCUUUUUCAUAGUUCCAAAUAAUAUAAUUGCAUUAUGAUCCGUUUAAAGGAACACACGUCAUGUUGAGCUUUGAAUGAAACUGUUGCCUCACUCUGCAGGCUGAAAAAAAAAACAUGUAAAUAUGUUUUUUUGUAUUUCAUAUUAACCUGCUUCUUCUUUCUUAUGCUUUCCACACACAUACUCCAGGGACACACACUGAUCUAACCAGUGUUCUAUCCCUAGGAAUGCUGGAAAAGUGUAUUGGCCAUGCCUGACAGAUUUACACCUGUGCAGUUGGAGGAGCUCUUCAACUUCCAACAUCCUGAAGGGGAUAAGAGAGGUAGUCUGAUCACUGUGAUCAUGCAGAGCAGGCUUUAGUGUCUGGUUUCUCUCUCCUGCUGCUACACAGUGAUGCCCUGUUUCUGUCAUAAGUGGACUGAUCUGAACUCAGAUGGGUGGGUAGGAGGGGGGAUGCAGAAACUCGCCUUGCUGAGAGGCAUGCCCAACAAUACAAUCUGACCAAGCUUAUAGUAAGUUUAUAAACAUUUAUUACAUACUUUUCACAUUUUUAUUGCUUUAUUUUAAUUUGUUUAAAGGUAUUUGCUUGUCAGUUUAGAAAUGUAAUUAAGUGAUGCAUGCCCCUUUAAAUAUUUAACACCUGCCCAGGGCCUUUAUCAUGCAUGCUCCAUGGUGUUACAGUAAAGUAACUUUCCCAGUGCUUACAUGCCUUACCACCUCUUAAAUGAUUGGCGUGUGCUAAGAUGAUGUCCUCAAAUAAAGAUAACUUUUUCAACAUAAGAUCAUAUACAUAUUAAAUCACAGCAGUGCCAUUUCAUAUGAAAAAUAUAAAGGAGGGGAAGAAGGCACACACGUCUAUUACAGCCUUAUUUACGUAAAACAAUGAAUGAUAAUUGUUUGUGCAAGGUAAUGGAGGCUGCCAGAUGCCUUGUCUCCCACUCACAGGAAUGAGUGAGUGACCAGGUAAUGGCUGAUAUUGCCAGAUGUCGUGUGCAGAGGAGGCAGAUUAAAUCCCAGGAGAGUAGACCUGUAUCACAUGUCAAAGUCAUUCAGUGGAGCUAGUUGCCAACAUUUUGAAAAAAACUUCCAGUGACAUUUUGCAGCACAGCUAUCAAUUACUACCUUGAAAAUUUGCCACACCCACUGCUGUAAAGCUCCACCCACUAUGGCCAACCCACAUUAUUAAUCUCUGCCUAUCUAUAGUGCAGAUUGCAAGGUCUACUCAAGAGAUAAUUACAGGGAAUUGAGAUGGUAAUGUUAAAUAUAAGGCCAAGGUAGCGGAGUUGGAAAAAGCUCCCAUUCAGCUGCACUAUUUCAAAUAAAGUUUGAAAUUACCAUCACAAUCCCCUGCAAUUCUCUCUUUAUUGAGUAGACCUUUAUAACACCAAGUUCCCAACUGUACUAUCAUCCUUGGUGUGCGAUAGAUACAUUUGCAGCACAGCAUCUAUAUCAGGCAGGUACAUUCUAUCACUUUAAUUUUAGAGUUGGGUAUCAGUAGUGACAUUGCCAGUACAAUAUAGAAAGACCUUGUGUAAGAGAGUUGUCUACACCAGCAGUUCCCAAACUGUGGGCACACAGAGGCGCCGCAAGAUAUUUCCCCGGUGCUAUGAUCACAGCACCAGGAACUGUGCUUUCCUCUACCCGGCCGGCUCUGCAGGACUGAAGGGAGAUCAGAGAUCUCCCACUCCAGCCCGCUAGCAGUGUAAUGCUGCAGCCGGCAGGGGAGGGAGGGAGAGAGGACCUGGAGGAGCUCUAAUCUGCAGCUCCGCCGUGUUCUCCUCUCAUGAGCUCGGAGCGUUGCCGCGCUUACCACAACAAUGCCCCGAAUCUUGCGAGAGUGAACUCUAGCUCAGUCUCACCACUUGGAACACCAGGGAUUGCAGGAAAUGUCCUCUCCCAAGCCAAGGUAAAGAGGGAGGGGGGAUAUCAAAAUUGUUUUGUUUGUUUGUGUUUUUUGUUUUUUAUAAUUAAAAAUAAAAAUAUAUAUAAUAUAUAUUAUCUACCCUCCUAUAGUUCACGCGCACACUGUAGCCCUCAAUCACACACACUACAUCCUUCACAAACACAAUGCGCCUCUCUCCCUCUCUCCCCCUAGUAGUGGUUAUUGUGACUGGAUUGUUUCUUUAAAUAAUCUACAAGUGCCCCUCCCGAAUUAGUUUCUGGAUCAGCCCCUGACAGGGAAACAUUUGACUUGGGGCGCCUUGGAAAAAUAUUGAAACAUUAAGGGCACCUUGAACCAUAGAACAUACAUUAGUUCACAAAAAUAAUUAUAUUGGGGAGUGAAUAUAGUAAAAAAAAAAGCUGAAAAUAGAAAAUGAAAGAUAUAGAAGGUGAGUGUACAGAAUGGAAUUAAAGAGAUAAAUGGGAGCAUAAGGAAAACCUAUGCACAUAUUCCAUUAGCCCCUUUUCAUGUCUCCAAUUCAACAUGUUGAAUGUCUUAGAUUGAGGCUUCAGUCACCACUCCACUGCUUCUGAUUCUUCUAGUUCCUGGAGUCUGCUGGUAUUCUACAGAGAGCAGCACUAUACAGGGAGCACUGACUGUCCCAGGAUAUAAUACAAACAGACCUGUAUUAUUCAUAAAUUAUUGAUAAAAUUAAGCUUAUAUUUAUUGGUACCUUCAACAAAUGCAAUACAUACAUACAAACCGACUGCUAAAUACACGCACGCACCGACUGCUAAAUACUGUCAGGAUACUAGUUGAUCCAGCACGUAGAACUGUAUCACACCUAGGACUAAAAGGUAAUAUCUUAUCGGGCCUUAGAAUAGCCAGACCUAACGUACCAGAGAAUAGUCAGAAUACUUGCUAAGGUCGGGGACACAGAAUGAGACACAAUGAUGAGGGAAAGCCAAAAGUCAGGGGUUACCAGAAUACAGGGAAGUCAAAAGAAGCCAAAGUCAAUAAUCAGAAAUUAACGCUCAGAAACACACUCUCGGACAACGUCACACGCACACAGACAUCAUGGAUCUGCAGCGGCCGGCAUCCACUAACAUGUUGCAGGAGUCAGGUACACCGACGUAUGGCCGCUGAACGCAGACACCGCAAGAUGAGGAUGUGUGUGAGGGGUGGGUCGUGUGCGUGGGGUGCUUUGUGUGUGGGGGGUGCUGUGUGUUUGCGUGCAACAUGGGGGCGGAGCCUGCGUACGCGAGGCAGAGCAGGAGCCUGUUUGGUUUAUCAAGUCUACCUGGCUCUGGAGGCUGUUGCUGGGAGGUCAGGUAGCCAUUUUCUGCAGCAUUGUCUCCUGCUUAACGUGGGGCGGAGCUUAAUGACGGGAAGCGGAGCUUGCAUGCAUGGGUUGGACUUGCAACAUGGGGCGGAGCCCCCGUACACGAGGCAGAGCAGGAGCCUGUUUGCCAGGGAAGCUGCUGGGAUAUCGGAAGGGAGACUGUCGGUGCUCCCUCCGGCCCUAGCAGCCUUAAUGCAGCCCCCAGCAUCUCUCCCCAGCACCUGUCUAUAGCCCCCAGUAGCUCUGUAAUAAAAGCACGUGGCUCCUGGGUGAGUCAAUUGCCCGGGACAGACUCCAGCUUAUAUGUUAAAGGAACACACAUCAUGUUGAGCUUUGAAUGAAACUGUUGCCUCACUCUGCAGGCUGAAAAAAAAAUGUAAAUAUGUAAAUAUGUUUUUUUGUAUUUCAUAUUUACCUGUAGUAUUGUCAAUCCUGGAUUCUCCCUGCCGGCUAAUGCAGGGCUGGCAUUGUCCAAGUGCCAGCCCUGUUAUGUGCCUGCGGACCGGGGAGAGAGGACCCGGGAGCUCAACUUGCAGCUCCUCAGAGUCCUCCUCUCGCGAGAUUUGGAACGUUGCCGCGGUUACCACGGCAGUGCUCCAAAUCCCGCGAGAGUGAAGUCUAGCCCUGGAGCGCGGGUUAGACUUCACUCUACACUGGACCACCAAUGAAUCCCACUGGGACCACCAGGGACGGAGAAAUGUCCCCCCUCCUCCUCAAUAAAGGUAAGAAGGGAGGGGGGACAUCAAUUUAUUUUAUUAAAUACUUUUUUUUUUUUUUUUUUAAAGCCUCCUUCCUCCCCCAUACAUACACACACUUCCCCCCCCCCAUACAUAAACUGCCCCCCACACACACACACACACUCUGCCCCAUACAUAAACUGCCCCUCCAUACACACACACUUGCCCCCAUACACACACACUUGCCCCCCCAUACACACACUUGCCCCCCCAUACACACACACACUUGCACACACACACACUUACACACACACACUUGCCCCCCCCACACACACACUUGCCCCCCAUACACACACACUUGCCCCCCAUACACACACUUGCCCCCCAUAUAUACACUGCCCCCCAUACACACACACACACACUGCCCCCAUACACACACACUGCCCCCAUACACACACACUGCCCCACAAACACUGCCCCCACUGCACACCCAUACACACACUGCCCCACAAACACUGCACACACAUGCAGACACAUACAGUGCACCACACACGACCGCUCAUACAUAAAGUGCCCUCCCCAUACACACACUGCCCCACACAGACAUACAGUGCCCCCCAUACACACACUGCCACCCUCACUCACACAUACACUGCAACCCUGACAUACACUGCUGCCCUCACACACAUACUGCACCCCUAACACACACCACUGCUCCUAUGCCCUAUAUCCCAGCAGACCCCAGGUAAGUUGUCAAACUGUUCUUGAACGGUAUGACAACUUACUCUGGGGUGGGAUCCUGGCACUACUGGCACCAUAACUACUACACUGAGCUGUAGUGGUUAUUGUGCCAGGAUUAUUUAUUUAAAUAAUCUACAAGUGCCCCUCCCGAGAUCAGGCUCUGGAUCCGCCACUGGGUCAAUCUGGUUUUGUCAAUCCCAGAACUAUACAUUACAUAUGAAAUUGUGAUUUUAAUUGUAUAUUUAAAUUUAUUUUUGUAGGCAACAAGUGAAACAGUCUCUGUGGCGUCUGAUACAGAACCACCAGAGCAGCAGGUAAGACACACUAUUUUACCUUUAAUUCUGUACUUGUAUUUGAAAUAGUAAAUUAUACCCUUGCAAUCUCUAUAAUGAAUUGAAAAUGAACUUGCUUCUCAAAUCAUUCUCUCAACUCACAGAUCUGUAGCAGAACUUUGGAACUCCCCUAUGUGAACCUACUAUAGCCACACUAACAAUCCUUGUCCCCCAUCAAAUAAAAAUCUAAUCUCAAGAUUAGGAUACAUUGCAUUUUUUUCAAACUAAUUUUGCAGAUCAAGACAGAUACAGUACAGUACAGUACCAUAAAACACCAGUUGUAUAAAGGCAAUAGCUAUCCAUAAAAAGGAGAGACCAAAUUUUAUAUAGAAUAUCACAAAGGCCUUCAACAGCCUAACAACAUUACAUCAAACACACAGGAUGGAAGCAGAGGGCUUGACGUGCAAGACUAACAUGCAAAAAAGGAACACUGAGUUAACUCAAAAUUCUUUGAGGCCCAUAUAGUGGAUAUGAGGGGUGGUAACACCAUGAAUAUACACCCUAUAGAAUGUAAGCUCAAUUGAGCAGGGUCCUCUUCAACCUAUUGUUCCCGUAAGUUUAUUUGUAAUUGUCCUAUUUAUAGUUAAAUCCCCUCUCAUAAUAUUGUAAAGCGCUACGGAAUCUGUUGGCGCUAUAUAAAUGGCAAUAAUAAUUGUAUAACAGCAUAGUGAGCCAAACUAAGGUUAAUAAGGGCACAUGAAAUCAGAACAGAUGGGGCAUCCCCAGGAACACCUGGCAUUUAACUCCUUUUUUACUCAUUAACAUUUUCUGCAAUUUUUCUCCCCUCACUCACUUUCUCUUUCUUCAAAGUAAAAACAAAACACAAAAACAAACCCACACCUGUGUACUUUUUUUCCAUUUUAUGACUUUGCUGCCCUAUGAUGCCUCUAGCAUGUAAAUUAUUUUAUUAUUUAGAUAGCACCAUCAGAUUCCGUAGCGCUGUACAAUGGGGUAAAUAACCCAUGGAUAACUUUUACUUAGUGAGAGUUUUGUGACACUUCUUUAAAGGGACACUGUAUGCACCCAGACCACUUCACUGUGGUCUCCACUGUGACCCUUUUGCACUUAGUGCUGCAACGUAAAACAUUUCAGUUCCAGAGUACUGCAAUGUUUACAUUGCAACUCUUAGCCUGCCCUCUGUGACUGUCUACCAGACAGCCACUGGGGGUGCUUCUGGAAUCCAAACUGACUUUUGGUCCGUUAUCUGACGGACGUUCUCACUGCAUGAGGACCUCCAGCGUCAGAUUUUCCCCAUAGGAAAGCAUUAAGUAAUGCUUUCCUAUGGAGAGGUCUAAUGCACGCACGGCCAUUGCCGCGCAUGUGCAUUAGGUCUCCCUCGCCAGCAUGGGCGGAGCCUAACCCAGCUCCGAGGGACACAGCACCAUGGGAAGGGGGCGCAAGGGGGGGGGGGCACUCUAGGAGCCUAUAGUGCCAAUAAAAUGGGUUUGUUUUCCUGGCACUAUAGGAUCCCUUUAACUUUAUUGGUGCUUUUAUAAAUCCUUUUUAAAACACCCAAAUCACUACAGUUCAAAGGAGAGAUGAGUAUUUUGAUAGAAAAACACUGGUUUCAGUGCUUCUAUAUUAGCAGGACUGUUUGCUUGUCCUAAUGCUUCUUUAUGGAAAGAAUCUGAUUGGACACAGGUCUUCACUAAUAAUGACCUUACAGGAGGUGGAGUGGAAUUGCAGUGUCAAGACUCUCAUAGCACUGGAAUAAAGGUCUUUUUAGUUCAUUUUAACCCUCAAUGCAGUGUGGGUAAUCUAAACCAUUUAAGGAGCAAUCCAAUGAAAACAGAUGUAAUUUGUGUUCCUUUAACUGCUUACUACUUGGUUUGUCCCUGUUCGCAUCUCAAAAUGGUUUUUGCUCAUAAGAGUUACACAUGGUUAAAAAUAAGGGCAUUAUAUGAUUGCUGAGGAAAGUGUUGCAUGGCUAAAUGUAAAGAUUCUGUAAUUUACCCCCACCUCAUUUCAGACAGAAAUUUCUCGAAAGCGGGCAAGAGCAUCCCUAUCCGACUUAUCAACCUUGGAAGAAAUUGAAGGGCUAACUAUCAGGCAGCUGAAAGAGAUCCUGGCCCGGAACUUUGUCAAUUACUCAGGCUGCUGUGAGAAAUGGGAAUUGGUGGAGAAAGUAAACCGCUUGUACAAGGAAACCGAGGAGAACAGGAAGUCAUGUAUGUUAAGAGACAAAUGGGAUAAUGGUGGGAAUUAUGUGAACUCGUUUAGAUGCACAUUUUCCUAUCAAUAACUAAGAUCACAUUUGCCAUGACAUUUUGUCACCCGUCACAUCCCUUCCCUCCUUAUACAGCUCAGGCACCUUGCCAAAUUGGUAUCAUUCUCCAUGUAAUAUUUUUCAUGUUACUAUAUUACGCAAAUAGUUACGUACAAACUGUAGAAACUUUUUAUUUUUAAAAUACAUUUUUGAUGUUGGUUUUUCUUUUCUUUUUUUUUUUUUUACUUUUUAAUGUUGAUUGGAUUAUCUGGAUACUGUACUAAAAAUGGGGAUUUGAAGCAAAGACAAGCUUUUCAAAGUCAAAUUACUAAGGUUUACAGUCUCAUGCAGUAACCGGUUUUCAAGCUAUGAAGUAGCUGAUGGUUAUUAACUAAUCAUAGUUUUGCCAUUGUUGUCAAAGGGAGUGCUGAGCACAUUCCAUUGGCUAAUAGCCAUUACACAGUGUUAAGGUACUUUGUCAAAUUAAUACCUUGUGCAUUGAGUAAAAGUUGUGACUGAGUUUUGACUGCCCCUUUAAUGUAAGUGUUUAGAGUUCUUUUUUUCUAAGGAGUUUAAUCUUCUCUAUUAUCCAAAGUACAAACACAAUGGUUGAUAUACCAGGUUAAAAAAUAAAAUGAAUCCUAGUUACUGUUCAGAGCUAGGAAAGUUAUUAUUUUUUUUUUUCUGAGAAUGGAUUAUUCUACUAAUGGGCUAUAUAUUUUUCUUUUUCUUUUAGUGGAGAAUCCAGAAAACAAAACAAAUUCAGGUAUGUUCUGGACAGAGGGUAAGAUACUAAAUAUGUAUAGAUUAGAGGGGAAGAGAGGUGCUUUUACGAUGUGGUCAUGGUGGUUGGAAUCUGUAUGUGCAGAGUUUGUUUGAAAUGCUGCAGAUACAUGAUUGUACUUUUGUGCUGAGAGCUAGUUGCAUACGGAACACGUGACUUUGGCAGCCCAGAACUCUGUUCCAGGGGACCUAAUGUAAAUUCUGUGCAAAAAUGACAUACCUGCAAGGGGAAGCAGGAAGUUACAGUAUUCCCUUCUCCCUCCAGUGACAGUUAUUCCAUGUUUUUUAUUUAGAAAGUACAUCCCCUCCCCCGCCCGGCUCAGAGCAUUAAUUUGUGCAGUGAGCUGGUGAAUGGUCCAUUCAGAUGCUUUUCAAUGAAAAUAAUCAGGAAUAAAAGACAAAUUGAAGGUCAAAGUAACUGAACUGUAACCAUAGCUGAAUUUUUGCAGUUAGGCUCUUUUAGACUUCAGUGUGUAACUCGCUAUGAAUACCCGACAUACUUUAGUAAAUAAUCGUAUCGGAGGCCCUCCAGCAAUGCCACAGUUCUUUCCAAUCCCAGUUCAGUUCUGCCAUAAUUGCAGUCCUUUCCAGUUUGUCAUAUUUCCCUUGCUCACUUUAUGUCCAUUUCAGUUCUUUCCAGCUACCUUAGUACAGAUUCAGCUCCCUCACCCGUAUGGGUGUACUGUUCUAGUAGUGCUUAAUCGGUUCAUUUGUGUAUUUCUGUUCUAAUCCCCAAUGUCUUCUGUAUUCCAGACCGAGAGCAGCUACAGUUGACGGGUAAUGAUGACAACCUUUGCAGGAUCUGCAUGGAUGCUGUCAUUGACUGUGUGCUCCUAGAGUGUGGCCACAUGGUAACCUGUACUAAAUGUGGCAAGAGGAUGAGUGAGUGCCCUAUCUGUCGACAAUACGUAGUGAGGGCGGUCCAUGUCUUUAAAUCUUGAGUAUACAAACCAAAAAACAGACAUGUUGGGAAUCUAAAGUUUAAAAAACAACAACAACAAAAAAACAACAAACUACUAGAACUUUAUAUAUUUGGUUGGACUGUUAUGUUAAACCUGAUUAAAACAAAUUGCCUGUGUAGCAGGAUAAAAGGAGAUAGAGAUUUUACAUGGAUUUGCAUCCAAGUGUGUGGGACAUACAGUAGUAAAAAAAAAAGUGUGUUAUAUAUAUAUAUAUAUAUA